GAAGCAGUCUGCAUGCCUAGGGGCUUGAUUGUAUACACCUGUGUCCAUGGAGGGGGAGGGGAACACCUGAAUCACAUGAUUGGGAGGGGAAUGGAGCACCUGAAUCACCAUGAUUGGAAGGGGAUUGGAACACCUGAAUCACAAGAUUGGGAGGGGAUUGGAACACCUGAAUCACAUGAUUGGGAGGGGAUUGGAGCACCUGAAUCACAUGAUUGGGAGGGGAUUGGAACACCUGAAUCACAUGAUUGGAAGGGGAUUGGAACACCUGAAUCACAUGAUUAGGAGGGGAUUGGAGUACCUGAAUCACAUGAUUGGGAGGGGAUUGGAACACCUGAAUCACAUGAUUGGGAGGGGAUUGGAACACCUGUAUCACAUGAUUUGGAGG